ACAUUUUGUUCAGUGUGGAUAAUGACAGUUAAGAACUGUCACUUGUUUGUUUCCUUCGUUUACAAACUGUCACCGCUCCAAUAUUUUUCGAGCUUGAGGAAUUUUUUUCACUUGCGGAACCGAUCCUCGCAACAACCAUCCCCGCAAUCCACCAGCAAUCUGUGCAAGAAGCCCAGUGCGGAUCUGCGCUCCGACCCAGAGUUGCCGACACGACCAUCGACUGCCUCGGACUUGAGAUUUCACCGGAGGUCGAUCCGACGGUGCGGAUUUGCGCCGGUUGUGCCGAACGCGUCAACGCGCAGCAUGCCUUCCGGACGCGAGACCUGCACUGCAACAGUUACGUCGAGAACGGGCUGGAGGACAAGGAAGACGAGGACGUGUGCCGGUUCUGCUAGAAGGCGGAUGGCGGGGCGGCGUUGGUCGAGCUAUUUCCGGGCGGCGGCGGGAGCAUAGCGGAUGAGGUGCAAACGGUGCGGGA